AUGGAGGCCUGCUCUGGCAGGUAUCCCGGGGAAGCCGCCACCCAGGUGAAUUAUUUCCUCUCGGACGUGAAGAAGAUCGAGCCGAACAAGGUGAUCACGUGGGCCAACUUCAAGGAUGGCAACACCUUCACACGGCAGAGGCUGACGACAGUCAACGGCAAAGCCUGGGUCCAGACGAACAACUUGGAAGUCCCGCUGGCCGGACCCGACACGGAAACCACCGAGACGAACGAUUUGCGGCACGAGUUGGCGGGGACCGUGUCCAUGCGAAGGGGGGGCGGCACGUUCGACUUCAACGUGGCGCCCGUGGAGAAUGCGGCUUGGUUGGACAAAGAUAAUGUCGUUAUCGGCAGAGUUUUAGAGGGCAUGGAUCAGAUCAACGCCAUCAACAAGGUUCAGCUGUUGCCGGACGGCAGGCCGCAGAAGAGCAUUCGGUGUUUCAGCUCCAUACUGAGCAUCCUAAACGAGACCACAGGGCAGUUCGACGCACUGAAGCGCCUGGAGGGUGUCACCGACUUCUUCGCGUAG